AUGACCCGAUGUGACCCUACUUCUCCACAAACGCACGUAGAGAAUCUAAUAAUAAAUUGUACAGUAAAAUCUAAUCCACCAACCAAUGAUAUAGUAUGGUAUCAAUCUAAUGGUGAUAUUGUACCAAAUCAAUUUGUGGUUAAUUCUGGAGCUAAUAGAAGAGAUUUAGUUAUUAAUGAUAUCAAUCGUAGCAAGUCAGAUAAUUAUACCUGUACAUCAAGAUUAGAUCUACAUCCUACAAUUGGUGAUAUUUUACCACAGACUCACAGUCAAUCUUAUAUCAUAAAUGUUCAUUAUUUUGAUGAUAUAGUAAUAACCACCAACCAAACUAAACUAAAUGAUGAUGUCUUUAUUAGAUGUACUGUUGAUAGUAACCCACCAGCUUCUAUCAAAUGGUUUAAAGAUGGUGAUGUAGAAUUACACACAACAAAUUCAAAUAUCUACUUUAUAUCAUCAACAUCCUGUUUAGACACUGGAAAUUAUUCCUGUUUAGCUACAAACCCUUUUUAUACAAAUCAGAAAACUAAAUCAUCGGAACUGUUUGUACACUGUUCACCACGAUUAGAUGCAAGAGAAGAUCACAGACUAAAAGUAUCUGGUAAUAUUGGAGAAACAGUUGAAUUAACAGCAGAUAUUAUUUCCUAUCCUGGUGCUAAUUUUCAAUGGUUUUAUAAAGAUAGUUGCAGUGAUAUAAUGAUUGGGAAUUAA